UCACCCAGUUCAAACUUUCUCCUGUUGGAAUGUGGUAAGGAGGCCCCGAAGAGAAACUGACCUGUCCAAAGUCACACAGCCAGAGCCAAAGCUCAGGUGGCCAGGGUCCCCUCCCGGCACCUGCCUCCUCUUCCACAGGCUCCCUCUUAGAGAUCUAGACGGGGCUGCUGCCUGGAGGCCGGCCUACCUCACUAGUGACUCAGGAGUUUCGAAAACAGGAAGUAAGUGAGCUGUGCUGUUGGUUCUUCAUUUGACUUCAUUCUUUUCUUAGAUGUGCCGGGAGAGAGAGGCCUGUGAAGCGGCUGCCACUGUGAGGGUUCUGGGACUUGCCUCUGGUAACAACUACAUUCUCCUAACGCUUGAUCAGCAUGAAUUUCAACAGAUGUCUCUAUAAUAUUGGGGAACAGCUGGACAGUGAAGACCUGGCUGCCCUCAAGUUCCUGAGCCUGGACUACAUUCCACAUAGGAAGCAGGAACCCAUCAAGGAUGCCUUGAUGCUAUUCCAGAGGCUCCAAGAAAAGAGAAUGUUGGAGGAAAGCAACCUGUCCUUCUUGAAGGAGCUGCUUUUCCGAAUGAAUAGACUGGAUCUGCUGCUCACCUACCUGGACACCAGUGAGGAGGAGAUGGAGAGGGAGCUUCAGAUGCCGGGCAGGGCCCAGAUCUCUGCCUAUAGGGUCAUGCUUUUUCAGAUUUCAGAAGAUGUGAGCAAACUGGAAUUGAAGGACUUCAAGUUUUUUUUGAGCCAGGAGAUUGCCAAAUGUAAGCUGGAUGAUGACAUGACCUUGCUUGAUAUUUUCAUAGAGAUGGAGAAGAGGGUCAUCCUAGGGGAAAGAAACUUGGACACCCUGAAAAGAAUCUGUGAGCAAAUCAACAAGAGUCUGCUGAAGAAAAUCAAUGAUUAUGAAGAACUAAGCAAAGAGCAAAGAAUGAGCCUUGAAAGAGGUCCGGAUGAAUUUUCAAACGAUGUUUCACAGUUGCUCAUGAGGGAGGGCUCCCUUGAAAUGCUGGCCAUGUCGGACUCUCCAGGAGAAAAGGACAGUGAGUCACAGACAUCGAACGCAGUUUACCGAAUGAAAAGCAAACCUCGGGGAUACUGUUUGAUCUUUAACAAUUAUGAUUUUAGCAUAGCAAGGAAGGAUGUGCCCAAACUUCACAGCAUUAAGGAUAGGAAUGGAACAGACUUGGAUGCAGAGGCUUUGAGAAAGACCUUUAGUGAGCUUCAUUUUGAGAUAGUGCAUUACAAAGACUACACUGCGAAGAAAAUCUGUGAGGUUCUGAAAUCCUACCAAAGCAUGGACCACAAUAACAAGGACUGCUUCAUCUGCUGCAUCCUCUCCCAUGGAGACAAAGGCAUCAUCUAUGGCUCCGAUGGGCAGGAAGCCCCCAUCUAUGAGCUGACCUCUUACUUCACUGGUUCAAAGUGCCCUUCCCUUCUUGGCAAACCCAAAAUCUUUUUUAUUCAGGCCUGUCAAGGGGAUAACUACCAGAGAGGUAUAGCUGUUGAGGCUGACUCAGAACAGAAGGAAGCCUAUUUAGAAAUGGAUUCAUCACUUCAGAAGAAAUAUAUCCCAGAUGAGGCUGACUUUCUGCUGGGGAUGGCCACCGUGAACAACUGUGUUUCCUACCGAAGCACCAUGGAGGGGAGCUGGUAUAUCCAGUCACUUUGCCAGAGCCUGAGAGAAAGAUGUCCUAGGGGUGAAGAUAUUCUCGCCAUCCUCACCAAGGUGAACUUUGAAGUAAGCAAUAAGGAUGACAAGAAAAAUAUGGGCAAACAGAUGCCACAACCUUCUUUCACACUGAGAAAAAAACUCUUCUUUCCCCUUAAUUGAUGCUAUUGUUUAGUUGCAUAAGUAAACAAUAGUUAAAAUGCUGCUAUUUUAUUCACUUUCUUUUUUUUUCUUGAUAUCUAGAAGAUAAGGGAAUAGGAAUUAGAACAAUAUAAUUUUCAUGCAAAUUCAGGCUAAAACUCUGGUAUUGCAAUAGCUAGACAGUCAUAGCUGUAGACAUAAUUUUAAUUGUGUUUUUAAUUUGAUGAAAAGGUUCUAAAAUGAACUUAUAGUAGAUACAAAGAGUAUAGUAAGUUUAAAAGAAAUGUCAAAGAUCACUGAGGGAGAUAUUUGUGAUCUGACCUGGCUAAAAAAUCCCCUGUGCUGAGGUUGAGGGUAUAAUGCUCUCACAUCCAGCCUGAUUGCUGGUGGUGAGUUGUGACAAGCUAUCCCAGAAACAUGUGAGCUUCCUCUCCUGUGCCAUGAGCAGACUUUGUUUUUCAGUGGUGAAAGACACCACUGUUCAGACUUAGAUUUCAAAAACCUAAGCAUGAUUUUCCUUGUUUUUAUUACUCAUAAGUACAGUAUUCAGCUCACUUUUAAGAGGAAUGAUGUUAAUUGGAUAUUGGGCUUCCCUGGUUGUGCAGUGGUUGAGACUCUGCCUGCCAAUGCAGAGGACACGGUUUUGAGCCCUGGUCUGGGAAGAUCCCACAUGCUGCGGAGCAACUAGGCCCGUGAGCCACAACUACUGAGCCUGUGCGUCUGGAGCCUGUGCUCCAC